UGUUGUUGUAGGACAUCGGACGGAUCGAAAACAAAAAAUAAAAUCCAUCAAUACUACCUACCUACUUCACAAAACAUUUUAAAUGGAUAUUUUACGCGAUUUCGUUGUUUUUGCUUUGCUAUUGUCGUACAUUGUUGUACAACAUAGUUAUACGUAUACACAUAUUUGGAAUUCGAGAGUUACAGGUACAGACCAUAAAUGGUACGACAUAUAUUAUGAUGCGAUAACAAGUAGAAAGAUACCGAUAGUUCAAAGGUUUGGGGAUCGAAAAGAUGAACCAAGUACUGCACGAUUUGGGAGUAUACCAUGUUCAUGCCAAGAUAUGACGUGUGGUUGUUGUGCACAGUUCAACGUACGAUUUUUCAAAUACAAUAAAAAAGGAUGUAUGAAUUUCACGUACGACCCUUAUGACUUUGCAGUCACUGGUAACAUGUUUAUGGACGACGAGUCACUGUACGAGUACAAGAUAUCUGCUAAAAAUCCACCGCCGGCAUGUCUGCGAGUUCCCGUGCCGUACUUACCGUCGAUGGACAUGUGCAUGAAAAUGUUCGACAUCUACACGCCCGGCAGAAACUUGCACGCGUGCGUCAAUUUCGUCACGCGCCUCGAACAUGCCGAAGUGCUCGUGCUGGAAUUCGACUGUUUCGUGGUCGGUCGAGACGGCGUGAAAAUGCACAAGUACAACACGACGUCGUCCACGACCGCCACUGACGUCGCCACUGGCACCGCUGACGACGAUACUACCACUUCCACCACGACUUCGGCUACCACUACGACAGUGCAGACGUACGACACGACGGCACCCGACCUGGACAUCACUGUCUCGGAGGUGAUCGCCCCCACUGAUGAGUACCUAGCGGUAAACGCGACCGACAAAAACAUCACGGAAAUAAUAUAAUAAUAACGAAUAUUAUAAUUGUAUAUUUUUUUGCAAUUUAUUUGGUUUUAUUCAUACUCAUAUUGUUAUAAUAACGAAAACGCGCAAUCGGUGUAAUGCGAUAUUAUGAGCUACAGGAAAUAAUAAUCCAAAAAAAAAAAA